UCUAGCCGUCUUUCUCGUUGCUCCGCCAGGACGCGGGCGCGCCGCGGGGGUCCCUUCAAGAUGGCAGCGCAGAGGAGGAGCCUGCUGCAGAGUGAGCAGCAGCCGAGCUGGACAGAUGACUUGCCCCUCUGCCACCUCUCUGGGGUUGGCUCAGCCUCCAACCGCAGCUACUCUGCUGAUGGCAAGAGCACCGAGAGCCACCCUCCAGAGGACAGCUGGCUCAAGUUCAGGAGUGAGAACAAUUGUUUCCUCUAUGGAGUCUUCAAUGGCUAUGAUGGCAACCGGGUGACCAACUUCGUGGCCCAGCGGCUGUCUGCGGAGCUCCUGCUGGGCCAGCUCAGUGCCGAGCACACAGAGGCCGAUGUACGGCGAGUGUUGCUACAGGCUUUUGAUGUGGUGGAGAGGAGCUUCCUAGAGUCCAUUGAUGACGCCUUGGCUGAGAAAGCAAGCCUCCAGUCCCAGCUGCCCGAGGGUGUCCCUCAGCACCAGCUGCCUCCGCAGUAUCAGAAGAUCCUGGAGAGACUCAAGGUGCUGGAGAGGGAGAUCUCAGGAGGGGCCAUGGCCGUCGUGGCGGUCCUCCUCAACAACAAGCUCUACGUUGCCAAUGUCGGUACAAACCGAGCACUUCUCUGCAAGUCUACAGUGGAUGGGCUGCAGGUGACCCAGCUGAACAUGGACCACACCACCGAGAACGAGGAUGAGCUCUUCCGCCUGUCACAGCUGGGUUUGGACACAGGAAAAAUCAAGCAGGUGGGAAUCAUCUGUGGGCAGGAAAGCACUAGACGCAUCGGAGACUACAAGGUCAAAUACGGCUACACUGACAUUGACCUGCUCAGUGCUGCCAAGUCCAAGCCGAUUAUUGCGGAGCCGGAAAUUCAUGGUUCACAGCCUCUGGAUGGGGUGACCGGCUUCUUGGUGCUGAUGUCCGAGGGGCUGUACAAGGCUCUGGAGGCCGCCCAUGGGCCGGGGCAGGCCAACCAGGAGAUCGCUGCGAUGAUUGACACUGAGUUUGCCAAGCAGACCUCCAUGGAUGCGGUGGCCCAGGCCGUGGUGGACCGGGUAAAGCGCAUCCAUAGCGACACCUUUGCCAGUGGCGGAGAGCGGGCCAAAUUCUGCCUACGGCACGAGGACAUGACCCUGCUGGUGCGGAACUUCGGCUACCCACUGGGGGAGAUGAGCCAGCCCACGCACAGCCCAGCCCCAGCUGCCGGGGGCCGUGUGUACCCUGUGUCUGUGCCCUACUCAAGCACCCAGAGCACCAGCAAGACCAGCGUGACCCUCUCCCUCGUCAUGCCUUCCCAGGGCCAGAUGGUCAAUGGUGCCCACAGUGCUUCCACCCUGGACGAAGCCACCCCCACACUCACCAACCAGAGCCCCACGCUGACCCUGCAGUCCACCAACACGCACACGCAGAGCAGCAGCUCCAGCUCAGAUGGGGGCCUCUUCCGUGCCCGGCCGGCCCACUCCCUCCCACCCGGUGAGGAUGGCCGAGUCGAUCCCUACGUGGACUUCGCAGAGUUCUACCGCCUCUGGAGCGUGGACCACGGCGAGCAGAGUGUGAUGACAGCUCCGUAGCUGCGGGGAGGGAGCGCAGCCCAAGUGGGACCUUGUGCAGGGGCAGGCCCAGUGCCGGGGCAGGAUGGGCUCACUUCCCUGACCUCUGCCUGCGCCAUGGAGCCAGUGGGCCUGUUAUCCAUACCUGGCCACUGCGCAGGAGGGAAGGCCAUCCCUGAUGGCCUCGGGCAGGACCCUCAUCACUCCUCAGGUCAGGGUCCACGUGUGGAAGCCCGGUUGGCCUGUCAGCCGUGUGCAGCGGAGUGGAAGAGGCCAACCUGGGGACCCAAGUGGCACAGGCCCGAUAGACACUGCUCUCUCUAGGCUGCCCCUGCCUGCUGCCACCUCCCCUGAAAUGGCCUGUAACACCUCACCUCCGGAUGGCAGUUUCCUUUCCAGCCUCUCUGUCCCACGAUCCUGGCUUCACAGUAGAACCCAGGGUGGGGCCUGUACCCGUCCCUGGUUUAGUCACGGUGUCCAGGAGGCCAGGGAGUGAGAUGGUCUCUGAGAUGGCCACAGGGGAAAAGGUCAGGUGAAAAGGACAGCACAACUGUCCUGAGAAGCACUGGUCCUAGAACUGGUCUGAGAAGUCCGUGUGACCGAUCUGCCACAGGGGCUGCUUUUGCCAGGGUCUGCUGGGGAAUGGGAGGCCCAGGGCUGGCUCACCAGCUCCUGUCUUGCUUCCCGGUUGGUGCUGGGUAGGCCACAUUGGGAGUGGCACAGUGCAAGGCUUUUGCACCAAUUUGGUCCUGUCCCGGCUCCAGGUGGCAGUCAGUGCUGGUCAGACAGGUGGGUGCUCAGCCGAAAGAGGAAAGAGGCUUUAGGAGCAAGGCUGCCCUGGAAGGCCAAGGGCUUUUGGGAAAAUCAUGUUAACAAACACAGAGGUGAGGAUUGGGCUGGCCAGGCCCUGAGUGGACAUUUCAUACAUCCUCUGCUCUCAGUGUGGAGGGGCCGUCGGGGCUGCUGACAGUUUUGCUCUUCCCAUUUUCAGAGGAAGAAGCAGACCCAGGAAACUUGCUCCUUGCUUGGGUCUUGCCAUGUUGGCAAGAGUCUCCAGCCAGAGCUCAAACCCAUGGCCUUUUGUCAGUACUGGUGACUGCGGGCUUCUGCCACUCCCGCCCCAGCCUCCUUGCCCCAGUCUGUCUAGCUGCAGUGGGCCAGGGACCAGCCUCCAUUAGGCAUCCUGUGUGCCUCUUCUCUGCAGGGUCAGAGGCCCCUGCUCGACCCAUGGUCUCAGAAUCCCCUUCCCCUGCCGCAGAGCCAGGCCUAGCGUGGCUCCAGGGAGAGGCUGUUUCCUGACAAGGUCACAGCAUGAACGAUGGGAAAGCAGAUCCUGCACCGGGCCCCAGCUGCCCUCCACUGUGAAGCCCCCCUGUCCCACAGCCACGGCACAAGAACCGGGGAUUCUCUCCCAGGAAUGGCUCCAAUGCUGUUUGGUUUCUAAAAUAGAAUCGGGUUUUUAAUGCAGUAAUGUCAUAUGUGGUGGUGUUACACCUUGUAAUUUAAUAGUAUCUGUCUCGUAACCAGUGUGUCCUGGGAGGGGGCCACCUCCUGCUCUGUUCAGGAGGUUGAAGAAUAAAGCUGGUAGGUGGCUCCUCCCAGUGUCCCUGCAGCCACCCUUACCUCCCAAGGGGCAGCUCAGGAACCCUGUACCCUCUGCAUCCUGCUGUGGCCCUCAUGCUCACAGGGUCAGGUCCUCUGCCUGUGGGCGGUGGCAGACUGUCAUGCUGCCCCCGUGCUUCCUGAGCAUGUGGGUGGUAGGUACCAUGACCGUCCAGGGCUCAGGUCCCCUCACCCUAACUGGCUGGUUUGCUUUAUUUAGCUGGAUUGGAGAGAAGGAUGUUCUAUAAAUACCCAUCCAUGGUACUGCCCUUUCUGGGGCUUACCCUGCUAGGAACAUCACAUCAGACCAAAGCAGUCUCCUCAGGACCAGAGCCAGGCUCUGUCUGGUGUGCUCAGAGGGUCCCUUAUGCUGGGUAGAGGCUCUCAGCAGAGGGCUCUAUCUGCCACACUUCCUCUCAGGAUCUGUCCCCUUUCCAGUUACCCAGCCCUGCCCUCAAGUGUCCAGAUGAUCACCACAGCCCCUAAACCCUCCUGGAACCAUGGUAUCACCCAGCCACCCCACUAGAGCACACACCGUUCUGGUUCAGGCAUGGUCUCGGAUGGCCACCAUCCAACCUCUAGGCCCUUGGUGGGCACCUGCCCUGUUGGGUUUGUGCCCCUGUCUUUGGCCUUAGUAUCACUCAGUUCUGUGUGAGCCUGUCCUGGGAGCAAGUGGAAGGUCACCAUUUCAGCCUCUGGGUUCCUUUUGGUGGAGAAGAGAUAGCCUUUGAAGACUUGGGUCGUGAGUCAAGACACAGAAAGUGACCAAAGACAGCCAGGCAAACUGCCACAGCUGGGUCACUGCCCCCAAGCCCCUGGUGUCCGGCACACGGGGCAGAUGGCUCACAUUGGCCACGAGUUCUCACCAGCCUUUGGCCUCCACCCGGGUGGGAAAAGUGCUCAGUUCCCUGGUCCUGGAUCAAGCAGCCAGAGAAGCCCACCUAGCCCCUGCCUUCUUGUCCCUUGAAGACAUCCUGUCCCCUCUCAGAACCCAGUUCCAGGCUUGCCUGAGCCCCUGGUCCAGAUCAGACUAGAUGAAGCCAGGCCCUCAGAGCCUCUGUGUGUGGCAAGGAGGCUGGGAGCAGCAGACUCCGUAGUGCCUUUGGGUUGUCACAGGCUUUACUUGGCCUCCAGGCCUGGUCUGGGUUCUGGCCUGACCCUCACCAGGCUGUAGAGCAGUCAAGGCCCUCAUUGAUGAGACACAGCUGGUCCCUGAUGGCAGGACCCUCUGCUGGGCUCUGGCUGCCUGAUGCUGAAGCACAGUUCUGCUCUUGAGUGCUAGUUUCUCAUCACUCAGGUCUCAGCACAGAUGUCACCACCUGGAGGAGCCUGCUCAUCUCCUGCAGGGACUUGUUUGCCCCCUUACUGCAUAUGGUCCAGCCCCAAGUGCUGGGCCUGCUGGGGUCCCUCACAUGCCCGGUAAGGAGAAAUUGUCAUGUGACCAUGGGCUGAGCCUUGAGUUUUUCAUCUAUAAAAUGGUGCUGCUGUCCUGGUCAGUCUUGUCAUCAGAGGUGUGAGAGGUCAGAUCUCCCCUUCCUGCUGUGGGAGCUGGGGAUGAGGACAGCUUACAGGAGUUAGGGUUGAGAUCCACUGCCACGCACACGUCCAUGCACACGCUCAGAAGUCAUCUGGCUGAGGUGCAGCCCUGGCUCUGGCGUACAGCAGUUGCCAGGCCAGUGCCACCUUCAGUUUUAUCUAGGAACCCAGACAAGGCAGUGGGUGUGAUUCUCGCCUCUUCUCAGCCAAAGCCCAGAUGGAGGCCUCUGGCUAGGCUCCCAAAACUUUCUCAGUCAAGAGCAUCUCACGACUUUUCCUUCUGGGCCCCCUAUUUGGAGACCAAGAAUGCAGAUUCCUGCUGAUCCGGUGAUCUCAGCCUGAGCAUGCGCUUUGCUCCCACGAAAGGUGACGCCAGCUCGAAGCAGACAGGCACUUGACAUUUCCGUGAGCCUUGGCGGUCUGGUGGAGGACAGACUGGCAGCCAGCACUGCUCCAUAUUCAUACCGCUUCAUGGGCUGCGGCCCUGCCUGUGGAGACCCCCGGGCUUGGAGGCCCUGACUACAGCCCAGUUGUCCACUCCCGCCUUCUCCCACCCUGUUCCUAGGUGACAGAAGGGCCUCAGGGCACACUGUGAGGAAGCCUCUGGCUUGUCACUUUAGCAGCCAUCCUGUGUCCAGAUGGUAGCAAGCUGAAGAGCCUUCUGUGGCGGCAGCUCUUCCCUCCUGGCCGUGCUGUGUACAAAGCAUUUGCCAGCUCUCUGGCCGCCUUCACUCACCCAUGGCCCAGAACCAGCCUCGGGCAAUGUUUAGGAAAUGUCAGGUGAAUGGCAUGGACAAAUGGAGGAAUUACCCAGAGUAGAAACUGCCCCACCUCAGACACCCGAGUUGGUAAGAAAUGAAAUGCUUCAUGGUUUAUUCAUUCACUUUGAGACAAGGUCUCCCUGUGUACUCCAGGCUGGCCUCAAACUUG